ACACACACAGCCAAGGAAACAGCAGCUUUAUGUCCCCAACAAGAGACAUGGAAGUGCUCAGGGCUCUGUUUGUCCCUAAAUGGUCUUCAGAUGUGCGUCUCGAUGGAAAAACCGCCGUAGUGACUGGGGCCAACACGGGCAUCGGCAAAGAGACGGCCAAAGACCUCGCCAGCAGAGGAGCCAAGGUGAUUAUGGCCUGCAGAGACAUGGCCAAAGGAGAACAGGCCGCCCGUGACAUCCUCAGAGCUGUGAAAGGGGCCAAGGUAGUCGCCAGGCAACUGGAUCUGGCCGACACCAAAUCCAUUUGUCAGUUCGCCGAAACGGUGUAUGACACUGAAAAAAGCCUCCAUUUCCUGGUUAACAACGCAGGAGUCGCCAUUUGCCCUUAUGUGACGACAGCGGAUGGAUAUGAGAUGCAGUUUGGAGUCAAUCAUUUAGGUCACUUCUUCCUGACGUUCCUGUUACUGGAUUUACUGAAGCACUCUGCCCCUUCCCGAGUGAUUAACGUGUCAUCGGCCGCUCACGCCAUGGGCAAGAUCCAGUUUGACGACCUGAGCGGAGAGAAGGACUACCACCCGGUCAGAGCCUACGCACAGAGCAAACUGGCCAACGUCCUCUUUACCAGGGAGCUGGCCAAACGGAUGGAGGUGUUCGGUGUGAUGGUUUACUCUGUGGACCCUGGGGCAGUCAACACUGAGAUCACCAGACACAUACGGCGCCCUCUUGUGGAUUUAUUCAAGACUUUCAGUUUUCUGAUCAAGACUCCAGCAGAGGGCGCCCUCACCAUUAUCUACUGUGUGUGCAGCCCCGAGAGUCAGAUGGUCAACGGUGGAUAUUACAAGGACUGUGCCAACGCCGAAAGCUGCAGAGCUGCUCAGGACGACGCUACUGCUCUGAAACUGUGGGCUGUGAGCUGCCACCUGCUGGGGAUUCGCUGGAGAUAAAGCACUGUUCAGUAUAAUAAACCAUCUCUGGAAAUAGAUACAAAGCAGGACUGUAUUAGAGCUGAACUUAUGCGUAAUGCUGGCGAAUCCUUGGAUGUUUUACGCACGUUUUGACUUGAAAAGGGG